AUGCAAUUCUUGCCCCCUGAGGACGCACCAAAAGGUCUAGAAGGCAUGAAUUAUUUGUACACCCGAGUCCGUCUCGCCUGGUAUUAUCGUCCCAGCGAUGUGAGCGACCGCCCAGUGGCGGACCCUCGUCUGCUACUCGCAGCCAUAUAUUCGGAAGUGUGCGACAUCAAUCAACUACGCGCCAAGUGCCACGUGGUCCACAGAGACAAAAUUUCCGACUUGUCUGGCUGGAAGAAACGACCAGACAGAUUCUACUUUAAUCGCCUCUUUGACCCAUACAUAAAGAAAGAGUUUGAGGUCAUUCCUUCCCAUGACGUCCGCAACCUCCCUGACCAUAUACGGGACGUCCUCAUCUCGCGCUACGAAUAUGUUGUUGCAGAAAAAGAGGUCAUUCCAGACCUCACAGACACUAUCCGACUGUGUGAUACAUGCCAGGUAUGGUGUCCAAGCGCCGACUCUGUCCGCUGCGACCGAUGCAAGAAAUAUUUCCAUAUGAAAUGUGUCCAACCUCCGCUCAUCGCCAAACCAUCUCGUGGAUAUGGCUGGACCUGUGCCCCUUGCUCGCGGAAGCAUGAGGAACAGGUCGACAGCCAUGAGCUCCGACAUGCUACCCCCGUCCAAGUAAAGAUCAAAUCCAACGCUCCAGCAGCUAGAGGACGAGGCCGACCACGCAAGGACAAAUCUCUUGCCGAGAAAGAGGAAAACCUUCCCGUGAAGCAUUUCAAUAUGUGGCCUUUCAGAUAUUUCGGACAACAUACAGUCGCAGAGGAUACUCUAGACCCCGAAGAUCUCAUCUUUCCCCGAACUGCAUCUCGUGUUGGCCCCAAAUACCAAGCCAAUGUUCCCUUGGACCCACAACCCUUCAAUCCUCCACCAGACAUGGAAGAGCGAGGGUUGGAUAAUACAGUCGAGGUUUUGGGUAUUUUCAGCAACCUUACCGAGUCCGAAUUGGCCGAAGCGGAGGAGAUCAAAGAUCGUCUUACAAAAGACCCAAAGAUCCGCUCCAGCGUGGACUGGCUUACAGAAGUGGUCAAGAAAUUAUCUGAGGCGAUCAUGGAGGGAACCAUGAGCAGCGUCAAAUUGACUCCGAUGCAUCAAGAAAAGUGGAAGAAGUACGAAACCCCCGUUACCGACAAAGAAUGGAACCGGGAAGAAGUCGUCGCCUUCGAAGAUGCCAUCCAACAACACGGUGCCGAGCUACGCGCCGUGCGCGACGAAGUCGUCUCACGCAGCAUGCCCGAAGUCGUGCGCUUCUACGGACACUGGAAAGCCGAGAAACUGGGCGAAGAAACCCGCAGACGUAAGGCUGCCGGCCCGCCUGCCAAACCUGUGCGAUUGCAGUACAAGACGCCUGCGGAGGCGAACGACGGGCAGCGCGUCGGGCACGCGGACGACGAGUCGUCGAUCAUCGCGCAGCCGUCCAAGACGCCGAGCUGUGGCGCGUGCCGGACGCGCGAGAGUAAGAUGUGGUGGAAGGCCCCCAAAGGCCUUCCAACGAACAUUCUGUGUGAUAAUUGCGGCACGAACUGGAGGAAAUAUGCGGAUUUGAAUGUGCGGCCGUUGCGUGAGGAGUCGGUGCCUACGACGAAGACGCGCGAGAAGAGGGAGGGUACGCCGUUGGCUGGGCCAUCGACGAAACGGCCUCGAACAAGCAUAUCUGCGCAAUCGACACCACCGCCUGUUAUCACAAUCGCGCCUCAGAACCGAUGCCUUGGGUGCCAAAGAACGGGUCCGCCAGGAAAAGUGCUCAAAUGCAAACAAUGUCAAUUCCGUGUACAUGCGGGAUCAUGCGGCGCGGUCCUCGAUUCAACGACAGAUGCUUGGGUAUGCGAACUCUGCGAGAACGAGGAAACUCUGGAAGCUUCGAUAAAUCCCGACUGCUUGCUCUGCCCGCGUUCUGCGCCCGAAGACAGACGAAAGAAGCCGUGGCCGCCAGCGGACAACUUUCUACGCGCCUGCAAACCAACGGAGAGUCAAGGAUGGGUGCACGUUCUAUGCGCUGUUUUCACGCCUGAACUCUCUUUCACGGACCCAUCUCGGCUGCGGCUGGUCGAGGGGGUCAACACCGUUGUCCGCCACAAAUGGACUACCAGAUGCUGCUUGUGUGGAGAAACGGAAGGUGCCGCCAUUCGCUGCAGCGACUGCAUCAAAGAAUUCCAUCCGUCCUGUGCGUGGAAGCAGGGGCAUAAGUUUGGGUUUGAGAUCCAACCGGUGAAGAGUAGUCGGCGAGAUACGACAAUCACUGUCAAUUUCAAAGGCGAAACAGGAUGCAUGAACGCUAUCGUUUCAUGCAAAGAUCACGAUCAUAGCAAACGCGACAUCUAUGACAUCUGCGAGACCAACGAAGGCGGCGAGACUGCACUGCAAGUGUACUGCCGGUCGUACAAGCAGGCGCCAGUCGGACAAGCACACGCUUUGCUGCGCAAGGCCCGCAGACUCGACACCAUCCUCAGCCUCCGCAACGACGUCCAAUUCGGCGGCAGCACCACGUACUACCACCACCUUCCGAUGAUCAUCCCCACUGAACCCGAACCCGUAUGUAGACGGUGCCACUCCCAGUUCUCGCCCGCGUUUUACCGCAUCCCCAGCGCAGCGGCCAAGGGCGAGAACGCACUGCCUGGGCUGGAGGGCUUCGAGGGCGACUGGAUGUGCCAUCAGUGCAAAUUCACGUGGAGCGAGAGCUUGAAUACGGCGGCUGCUUCCCCGGCGGCGGCGCCUGUGGUAUCAGCACCAUCACCUAUGGUGAUGUGA